AUGAUUUGCGCCAAGAUCUCGCUGGUCGAUUCCACGUUGCGGUAUUACUGUGACUACUGCGACACCUACCUGACCCAUGACUCGCCAUCUGUCCGGAAGCAGCACAAUGCUGGAUACAAACACAAGGCGAAUGUUCGAACCUACUAUCAGCAAUUUGAGGAGCAGCAAACUCAAAGUUUAAUUGAUCAAAGAAUCAAGGAGCAUCUUGGACAAGCUGCAGCUUUCCAGGCAGGUGCCCCUUUCAACCAACAUAUGCUCGCAUUCCCAGGAGCUGUGGCACGCCCUCGUCUUCCAAUUCUGCCAACCCCUGGCAUGCCUCAUGGAUUCCCUCAAGCACCUGGCACCCCAUUGAUGCCAGGAGUUAAACCCCCGAUUUUACCAGCUCCAGGUAUUCCAGGUUAUCCUGGUGCUCCACCAACCAUGCCGCAACCAGGCGCCCCACCUGGCUCCAUGCCACAACCAGGUGCCCCACCUGGCUCCAUGCCACAACCGGGCGCUCCACCUGGUUUUAUGCCGAUGCAGAUGGCCCCACUCCCGAGGCCUCCACCGCUACCGCCUCCAACAUCUGGAGUCCCAGGUGCCCCCAUUCCUAACAGUGCAGCACCUCCAGCCAUUUACCCAGCGAAUCCAACAGCACCUGCAGGUCCAACUUCUGGUGCUCCUCCAGCUCCACCAACUGCCCAACAGCCCACGUUCUCCUAUGCGUAG